AUGGAUUAUAAGUUAAUAAUUAUUGGGGUCUCGCUGUCGGUCGCUUUGCUAUUUUGCAGUGGAACGCCCUCUGUAAAAAUGACAAAUGCAGUCUGUCGCUCGUAUAACACGUCGUGGGUCGCAAUUCAUUACUGUCGCCUGAAGGCCUAUUCGCGAAACAAGACUAGCCUGAAUAUAAAUGCCACAUUUAUAGAGCCAGCCAAUAAGGUAAACCUUCAUAUGAAGAUGAUGAAAAAGGCCAGUGGCUACAAGCCGUUUCUAUUCGAUUAUAACUUCGAUGCCUGCGAAUUUAUGAGGAGACGAAACCAGCCCUUCGCCAAGAUCAUCUGGAAUAUGAUCAAGGAUGUGUCCACGAUCAACCACACUUGCCCUUAUAUGGGCUUGCAAUCACUAACUGAUUUCUACCUUAUUGAAUUUCCCCUUCCUCUACCUUCCGGAGAAUACUUGCUUUUAUUAGACUGGCUCUUUGAUGGGAAGCCGCAGUUCGCUACAAAUGUUUAUUUCACACUUGUCGAGGAUUUUUAA